AUGCGAAGAGGCGGGCGCUCCGGGCGAGGCUUGGCUAGAGAAAUGAUGCUCAUCAUCGUCUUCAUCACGCUGGUUGGCGCAUCGCUCAGCGAUGGGCUCAAGAACCUGUCACCAAAUUACACCCGUACGAUCGGAACCCCCGGUUAUAACGUCUCGGAGACGUUUCCUGGCAGUGAAUUAGAUUGGGAGCUCUCACUAAACUUCUAUUCUGAUGUUCCUGGUCAAGUACGAGGGAGGGAUGAUCUGUACUUGGCCGCAAUCCAGCUUGUGUGGGACCCGCCAAGCAGUGUCCCACGGGAAAGCGAUGGAAGUGUGAAGGCUGAUUCGCGUUUCUACUACUGCCUCAGUCCAUUGAAAUACAAAGAUCCCAAGGUCAAGGCAGGUGAGGCCCUGGACGCAAGGUGCAAGGGGGCAAUUUCAGACUCGUGUCUCGAGGAUCUGCAGGAGAUAAUCGAGGGCGGGUCAUGGUGCGCUACCUCGAGCUGGCCCAGCUCAUGCAUGGAGCAUUCGCUGGAUAAGUCUGAGCUGCACAUGUACGGCCGAGUGAAUUUAACGAAUACUCCAAACUCUCUCGUUACGUUCCCCUACAACCCUGACGGGCAUGAAAAAGGAGACACAUCAGAGUUCGAGGAGGCGAAAGAUGUAGCCUGGAUUGUUAUGACGGGAUUUGCGGGGGCUACAGUGGAUGGAAAGCUGGCGACAAAUGCGAACGUACGACUCAAGAGUGGCAUAUCAUGCAUUCGUGGUUCUAGUCCAACAAAGGUCACAUCAAUCGGGAGUAGGAUGGUAGAAGUUCUACCAACAUUGACAUCACUUGUAGUAGGGUUUGUGGUUAUCACCGUUUGGCUUUCAUCCAGUUGGUCUUGUUUAUGA